AUGCCGGUUAUUUCCUUGCCCCAAAUUCACAUCCCGUUCCCCAAAGACCCGUGGAAGCACCGGCAGCUGCGAUCCGUGCUGACAGAAGAGGAGUACAGCAGUCACCUGCACGAAAAGGCCACGAUCCUGGGCGCCCUGGGGAACGCCGGGAUGGACAGGUCCUAUGACUACCUGGUGUCCUACAUGAACAGUACUGACGCACCUUCUGUACUGAAGAGGACCAGCAUGACCGCGCUGAAAAGCUAUGAUCAUCAGAAGGCAGCAGACGAGAUCCUGCGCGUGGCGCUAGAGGAUCCUGACGGCCACGUGCGGUACGCAGCCGCUCUGGACUACCUGGGACAUCCCCGGGCAAACCAUCUGUGGACGGCUCAGCAACAAAUCAACCAUAGGUAUCAGAACUAUACGGCGAUUGCAGAAAGAAGAGAAAAGAGAGGUCUGAGUGAGGCCGUGGAAAAGUUAGGAAAGCUGUUUAAGGGUCACCACUUUAAGCUGGAGACGCCGAGCAUGGACUGGCACAAGCGGAUCGGCUCCGAGAAGAUCGGUGCCUCCUUGGGCCUGGUCAUCAGGAACGAGAUGGAACUGGAUUUGAGUGAGUACAGUAUUCACAAAUAA